AUGGACAAGCACUACCUCCUGUUGAGUCUCACCCUUUGGGCUCUCUGUGCCCUUUGCAAACCUACUGAGAAAAAAGAUCGUAUCCACCAUGACCCCCAACUCAGUGACAAAGUACAUGAUGACUCCCAGAGCUUUGAUUAUGACCAUGACGCUUUUCUAGGAGCAGAAGAAGCGAAGACAUUUGAUCAGCUUACACCAGAGGAGAGCAAGGAGAGGCUAGGAAUCAUUGUAAGUAAGAUAGACUUGGAUAAGGAUGGGUUUGUGACGGAGGGGGAGCUGACUGCAUGGAUCAAGAAAGCCCAAAGGAAAUAUGUGUACGACAACGUCGAGCGUCAGUGGCAGGAGUUUGACAUGAACCAAGAUGGCCUUAUAUCAUGGGAAGAGUACAGAAAUGUCACCUAUGGCACUUACCUGGGUAAGGGGGCUGAUGAUCCUGACCCUGACAACAGUUUUAAUUACAAACAGAUGAUGGUGAGGGAUGAGCGACGUUUUAAAAUGGCUGACAAGGAUGGCGAUCUGAUUGCCACUAAAGAUGAAUUUACAGCAUUCCUCCACCCUGAAGAGUAUGAUUAUAUGAAAGAUAUUGUUGUACUUGAAACAAUGGAAGAUAUUGAUAAAAAUGCAGAUGGAGUAAUUGAUUUGGAAGAGUACAUAGGUGAUAUGUACAAUCACGAUGGUGAUGCUGAUGAGCCAGAGUGGGUGAAGACUGAGAGAGAACAGUUUGUUGAGUUCAGAGAUAAGAAUCGUGAUGGCAAAAUGGACAAAGAGGAGACCAAGGAUUGGAUCUUACCCUCUGACUAUGACCAUGCUGAGGCUGAAGCUCGCCAUCUUGUUUAUGAAUCUGACCAAAACAAGGAUGGCAAGCUGACACGAGAAGAAAUUGUUGAUAAAUAUGACUUAUUUGUGGGCAGUCAAGCUACAGACUUCGGGGAGGCAUUGGUGAGACAUGAUGAGUUCUGA